AUGCGAAGCUUGGUCGAGCAGAAGAGGGUACUAGGUGCUUAUGCCGCUGAUUUCGAGCUUCCUGCUACUUUGACGGCAAAUCAGUGGGGCAUUAUAGAAAAUAUGAUCACACUUCUCGCCCCCUUUGAGCAGCUGACCAGAGAUAUAAGUUCUGCAGAGGCCUCUGCUGCUGAUGUGAUCCCAGCGGUUGUGGCACUGACGCGACUGCUUGGCCGGCCGAGUGAGACAGACAGAGGAGUGCAGACUACCAAAACUACUCUGCUGGAAGCCGUCAAUCAUCGCUUCACCGGUGUGCAUUGUGAGGCACUUUAUUCUGUUGCAACCAUGCUUGAUGCCCGCUACAAAGACCGGUACUUUGACGAGGAAAAAAAGAGGAGUGCUCGCGACCUGUUGCUCAAAGUUUUGGAUGACAUGAGCGGCAGUGCAGAUUCCAGCACAGACGAUCCCCCAGAGAAGAGGACCCGAACAGGAUCACUGCUGGAUAUGUAUGACGAAAUUCUGGAGGAGAAUGUCAUGUUUGAGGAGCAAGACAAGACCGCGUCAGCGUCACAGGUCAUUUCGUACCUGGCCGAACCCACAAUUCCCAGGAACCACAGUCCACUGGAGUACUGGAAAUGCAACCAGGCCCGCUUCCUGCCCUCGUUCCUGCUGCACGCAGUACCUGUGUGCGCCCUGCACAAGCGUUGA